AUGGCCUCUACCGCCUACGUGCCUGUCCUCACGCUCAAGAACGGGCAUUCAGACACUGUCAACGUCGUCGCUUUCUCUCCGGAAGGUCAAUACCUCGCAAGCGGAGGUGAUGACCAUGCCGUUAUCAUUUGGGACAUCCUCGAAGGCGAACAAGUGCUUCGCCUUCCGUUUGAGAGCACCGUCGACACCCUUGUCUGGCAUCCCGUGCAAAAGGAUACUAUCAUCGUCGGAUGUUCGAGCGGGGCCUUGCAGCAAGUAUGCUACUUAAAUUUGUUGCGUUGCGAAACCUACGACGUUCAUCUCGGCGUACGGUCGCAUAUAUACUCGUUGGACUAUGGCUCCGCGACGUCGUGCCUUGCAGUUGCCAUUGGCCCGGGAGUAUACGUAGCCCGAGAAUCUCAGCCUAAUAGAUACACGGGGACGGUACGGCUGCCUCCUCCGAUCGCGGGGUCCAAAGCGGAGGAUUCGCGAGAUCGCGCUGUCGCUCUGAGGUUUGAGAGGUCUGGGACGAGGCUCGUCGUGAGCUACCUAACUCAUGGAAUCAUUUGCUGGGAUGUGCACGCUCGCCGAUCGCUAUGGCGUAUAACACCCCCUGAGAUAUAUCCCGCAAUAGGACAUUCGGCCAUCAACAAGAAAUUCCGAUUCAUUGCAGUCCACAACUUCAAAGAUGGCGUGCAUCUCUAUUCUCUUGGAGCCGAACAGAAGCCUCUGCGACACUACAAGUUCGAUGUCGAGCCGAUUCCGGACGUGCUCUUACAGGUGUCCUUCAUCCAUGGCGGGCAGGCGAUCGUAUGCGGUACUACGACCGGGAAUGUCUGUAUAUGGCAAACGACGACCGGAGAAUUAUAUCAGACGCUAGCGCAUCAAGGUAAGCUGUAUGCGUGA